AUGCAUCAAGGACAAACACAACACAAUGGAUAUUUUCUUAGUAAAGCCACUUUUCCCGUUGCAGUUGUUCGACGAAUAGGCCAUCCGUACCAGAACCGAACGCCACCGAAGCGCAAGAAACCGCGCACGUCAUUUUCCCGCCUCCAGAUCCUCGAGCUUGAGAAGCGCUUCCACCGCCAGAAGUACCUGGCGUCGGCGGAGCGCAGCGCCCUCGCCAAGACUCUCAAGAUGACGGACGCCCAGGUUAAGACACGACAGACGGCAGAAGAGCGGGAAGCGGAACGGCAGGCCGCAAACCGCCUAAUGAUGUCGCUACAGGCGGAAGCCAGUAAGACGGUUUACGACAUCCGAGACCCGUUAUGA